UUUGCGGAGGGGUCGUAAACAACGAUCGGCCAUACCUUCCGCCGACUCGUGCUGCCAAGCAUUGAAACUUCCGCUAGGAGCUCGACGACCCAUCGACACCCAUCUCCCACGGCACCCGCAUACCCACCAAUUGCCUCUUCAUCACACGUCAAGAUGUCUCUCCUCGGCCGCAAGUUCCCCGCGCAAAUCGCUAAGCCCAUGUGGCCCUUCUACGUCUCUGGCCUUGUCAUCCUCUACGGUGUCAACUCUGCCGCCAACGCCAUGGGCCAGGGUGAGUUCUCCGUCCAUGAAACGACGUAUCGCAUGGUGAUGGACAGAGCUGACAUUUCCUAGCUGAGGAGUACAAGAACGACCC